UUCUGCACUCUUUCUCUACAUUUUUUGCACAUUCGCGCGAAAACGUCCAAGCGUGUAUAACGAUGUGUUUUGGAAAAGAUUUAUUUGUUUUCAAACGCAAUCUUUAACUUGAUAAAAUUACUUUAUAUUAAAUUCUGUUUAUAACGCGCAAUAUGCAUUGCAAAAAAUGAGCGUAACGCUGCACACGGAUGUCGGCGACAUAAAAAUAGAGCUCUUCUGUGAGAUGUGUCCGAAGACAUGCGAGAAUUUUCUUGCGCUCUGUGCCAGUGGGUACUAUGAUAAUUGCUUGUUUCAUCGAAACAUAAAAGGUUUUAUCAUUCAAACUGGAGAUCCCACUAAUACGGGUAAAGGGGGAACCUCUAUAUGGAAUCACAAAUUUGAAGAUGAAUUUAAGGAGGAGCUCAAGCAUAAUGCCAGAGGUCUUGUCUCUAUGGCUAACAAUGGCCCUAAUACAAAUGGCAGUCAGUUCUUUAUAACUUACGCACCUCAAUCACAUCUGGACUUAAAAUAUACUUUGUUUGGGAAAGUCAUUGAUGGGUUGGAAACAUUGGAACAGUUGGAAAAGCUACCGGUUAAUCCUAAAAAUUACAAACCACUUGCGGAAAUUAGGAUAAAUAACAUAACUAUACAUGCCAAUCCAUUGGCAGGAUAAGCCUGAAAUAGAAGUAUGUGAAUCAAGAAAAUUUUAUAAAGAUAGAAGAAUAGAUCAAUUAUUAUAUGGAAAAGAGACCAAAAUCUAAUGAAAAUAUAUGUUCUAUAACUUGGAAAGCCAGAUUGAAACACUUAAAAUUUUAUUACCUAGUGACCUAGUGAUCAGCAAGAAAAGAUAGUUCAUCAGAUUAAUAAAACAAGUAAUUAUAUUUUUAUUAUGUUUUUUAUGUAUGAAAAAAAUAUAAAAGGUUUGAUUAUUGACAUACAUAUAAUUGCUUUUCGCAAAUGGUUUAGAGUCAGAAAAUUAAAUAUUUGACAACUGUUUUUACAUUGUGUAUAUACCCAGUAAUCUCUUGUUCUGUGGAUCAAAUGGACUUUGAAGAUAUAUUUCCGCAGGAUAUCUUUUGCUCCUUGUUUCAAUCUCGUUUGUGAUCAGGAGUAAAACUUUCUGGGCCGCACACCGUCGUUCUUAUUCCGGUGGUCGCCAGAGCGGGUAUCAGUCGGUUCAUCGCCUCUACAUGGGUAUUGAACACGUCCCAAUUCAACUCGUAUAAGCUAAAAGAGAAGUCUUCCGGCGGCUGGACAAUAUAUUAUCAUUUGAUUUAAAUAGUACGU